AUUCUCCACCAAAGAGAACCUCCUUUCUUCCUCUCUUUCUUUGUUCCCCACUCAUCAAUCAAUCUGCCAUGGAGGAUUCGAUCUGAGUUAACUGUAACAUCAUCAACAACACCGAAUAAUUCCAAACAUCUCCUUUACCCUCCUACUUCUUGUCUUUUGCUGAUCGUUUAUGAUAUUAACUUAGGCCCACUUUCCCUUGCCUUUUAAGCACUCCCUUACCUCUCAAGCACUCCUUUCUUCCUUCAUAUACCAUCUCUCUUUCUCUUUCCGAGGAGCAUGCCUGAAUGUCCACAGCAAGGGAGAAGCUUGAUGAGGUAGGGAAGAAGAUCAAGAGGGAGGUUGAUGUCUCCGACCACAUGGCACGGCCAGGCCCGGUUGGGACCCUGAACAAGACAACUCCAUGCGCCGCUUGUAAGCUCUUGCGGCGGCGAUGUGCUCAGGAGUGCCCCUUCUCUCCUUAUUUCUCCCCACACGAGCCCCAGAAGUUCGCAUCGGCCCAUAAAGUCUUCGGUGCAAGCAACGUCUCCAAGAUGUUAAUGGAGGUUUCUGAGAGCCAGAGAGCUGAUGCAGCAAACAGUCUCGUCUAUGAAGCAGACAUAAGGCUCAGAGAUCCUGUCUACGGUUGUAUGGGAGUCAUCUCAGCCUUACAGCAGCAAGUCCAAGCCUUGGAGGCAGAACUUGCAGCGGUGAAGGCGGAGAUACUGAAGUACAAGUACAGGCAAACCAAUGCCGCCAUCCUUCCCACAUCUCAUGCUACCGCUUUGCUCGCCUCCUCCGUGGAGAUCUCAGUUGCUGCACCACCACGCCUCACGACUACCGCUCCUGCCACCUCCUCUUCUUCCAUGUACACCGCUGCUUCCAGCUCCACAGAUUACAGCUCCAUCACCAACGAAAAUGUUGCUUACUUCGGGUAGAAAUUUAUUACAUGUCGGAGGUAAAAAUUGGAAUAUAUGUUCGGUUCUUUUUGGAUUUA